AUGUAAGAUAGUUAAAACCUUAAAGAUUUACAAAUUUAGCUUAGCAGAUUUAUCAGUAGACUUGAAGAAUUAGAAAGAGAAAAUAAAUGCUUGAAGGAAUAGAUUUUGAAUUAAUAAUGUUAAUUGAUGUAAAAUGUAAAAACAAUUGAUACAAAAUAUUAACAAAUUCAUCGUAAGUAAAAUUUAUUAAAUUAAACAAAGAUAUUUGAAGUGUCUUUAUAAAUAUGGUAUUUCUUAAAGUUGUCUAACCAAUAUGAUUACAUAAUAUAAUAAAAUAAUUGAUAAAUUUGGAUUAGAUGAAAUAGUUAAAAUGGACCUUAAAAGUUGUAUUGAAAAAUAUGGGAUUAUUUAUGAGAAAAACAAAAUAAUUGAUGAAGAAGAAAUGAAAAAUAUUAUAAAUGAAAGGAUUACCAAAGAAAGUGAGGAAGUAUAUAUGCUAUUCUUUCCAACUAAAGUAUAUUAAUACUUAACAGAUAAUGAUUCAUUGUAAUAAUGCAUAAUAAUUAUAUGUAGAUAAAAUACUUGUACUUUUUAAUCAUUACAAUCUUAAAGAUUUCGAAUGUAAAAUUCAAUUUAAAAUAAUUCAGAAUUGAUCACUGAUAAUUCAGAUGAUACAAUAAUAAACAAUCUAACAACUUAAAAAUAUUUAGAAAAGCUUUAAUUUGACUAUCAAAAUGAUCAAACUUUGUAAUAUCCAAAAACUUUCAAAGUAGAAAAGCUUUUAUAGUUAACGAAUAGAGAUAUUACUUAACAGAAUAUUACAGAAAGAUCACUAAAAUCUAAAUAUGAAAGAAGAGGAGACAGUAAACAAGAAAUUAGAUAAGAGUCAUCUAAUAUAUCCCCUUUAAAAUAAAUUAAUUAAUUGGGAAUUGAAGAUAGAGUGAAGAGAUUUGAUAAUAAAGAAAAUGAAGGAGGAUGUCCAAGAAGGAGAUCAAGGGCUGAUAGAAUUAAAUAGCAAUAGUGA